AAUAAUUAGACAGCUAAAAUUUUGAUAUAUAUAUAUAUACCGAAAAUUUAUCUUUUACAGUAUUAUCAUGUCAUUUAAGAAGACAAUUAAUAUGUUUAAUGUUAUUUCGGGAAUAAUUCUUUUCACAGGAGCAAAUGGAGCUUUAGGUGGAUGGACAUUUAAAAAAUUACCACAGAGUAUACCUUCAACAUGGCCUGAACAACAUGUAUACUUACAUGCUUCUUUUUCAUUGGAAGAGUGUGUAGUGAUUUGUACACUGUAUCCGACUUGCAAGUCUGUAUAUUUGCAUGCAAAUACUUGUGUUGGACUGUUAUCCGUCACACCAGACAACUAUCACCAUUCCAUCGUCGACACGUAUUACAAACACUCAGAAGCUUGUGAAGAAACCGGCUUCAUAUUGUACAAUGGUAUAUGCCUAAUGAUUAGUGAGAUUAAACUGUCAUGGUAUGACGCCGAGCGAUACUGUGAGGACAAAGGAGGACAUUUAAUAGUUUUAGACACUGAAACUAAGCAUAAUAGUAGUCUCAAUUUCAUCUAUAAUUUCUAUAAUGGCUCAGAAUAUCAGUUUUUUGUUGGUGCAUCAGAUUUGGAAAUCGAAGGAGUGUGGAAAUGGAUCACACCCAGUUCAAUGAACUACUUCAAUUUUAAGACACCAUUUCAACCAGACAAUGACGACGACAAGUUUACAUCUUUACCUGCAAACUGUGCAGUACUUUCUAGUCAAGGUACUUUUCGUAGAAAAAGGACGUCUAGUUGAUGUGUAUUGCGACCAGGAAAAAAGUUUCAUAUGUGAAAUUUAAACAUUCUAAAUAUGUGUGUGUUAUCAUUUUUUAUUUAACAGAAACAAGUGAAUUUGAUGAUUACUGUUUUUCAUACUAGAUGUUUACUUAGUUUUGGAUCCAUUCAUAGAACAUUGUUUUG